AUGAACUAUGCACAAAUUGAGAAGGAACUCUUGGCCAUUGUGUUUGGUGUAGAACGUUUGCACCAAUAUACAUACGGAUGGAGAGUUGUCGUAGACUCUGAUCAUAAGCCUUUGGAGAUGAUAUUCGGAAAACCGCUUGCCUCGGUCCCAAGGCAGCUCAAAAAGAUGUUUAUGCACCUCCAGUGGUACGAUAUUGAUAUCCAGUACAAAAAGGGGUCAGAAAUGUACCUAGCCGACACACUCAGCAGACACUUCAGUGGAGAUGAGGUACAGUUGGUCAGAUCAGCAUUUGAAGAAGAGAUAGAGGUCAUGCCUCGCAUCGAAGAAAUCAAUCAAAUGAUAGCAUCCGAAGAUAAACUGCUUGGGCUGAAGAACGAGACAGGCAAGGAUGAAGCCCUCCAGGCUGUGAAGGUGCUUAUACAAGACAGAUGGCCUGAAAGCAAGCACAGUUUGCCCGUGACCGUAACCCCAUACUUUCACAUCCCCGAUGCGUUGGUGGUCCAAGAUGGACUCAUCCUUCGUGAUGGUAGAGUGGUCAUCCCAAGAGCCCUCAGAAAGGAAAUGAUCAAAGAUCUACAUGCAGCACACCAGGGGAUAGAAUCGAGUCUGAGGAGAGCACGAGAGAGCAUUUAG